AUGCGCUGCAGAGGUGGCAAGAGAAGGGAGCAUGAGCCUACAGUGUUUGGCCUACUAGUAUGGGCCCUCAUUGCUGACACGUACUACCAGGCCUAUGCAGCGUAUGGCUGGGUGAUGUUCGUAUCUGUCUUUUUCUGGCUGGUAACAGUCAUUCUGUUCGUAAUGUACCUACUGCAGCUUCACUUGAAACUCUACAUGAUCCCUUGGCCCAUUGUGGUAGUGAUAUUCAAUGCAGCUGCAACCCUCCUGUACAUCACCACUUUCAUAACCUGCUCUGCUUCUGUUACGCAAACUUCCUGGCUGGUUUGGGAGUACAACAGAAGAGCAGCAGCAUCGUUCUUUGCCUGCGUCACGAUGAUAGCUUAUGGAGCCAGCACUUUCCUCAGCUACCAAGCAUGGAAAGGAGUUGGCAGCAACGCAGCAACCAGUCAAGUGACUAACCAUGCAUAAAAACUGUGGGCUUCUAAGUCUGUUUACAACCAUACAGGGGUACAUUGGCUCAGUGAAUUUCUAACAAGCUCUGGAGCCUCUCAAACCAACACUGAGUCUCUAAUCUAAACCAAACCUAUGCAACAGAGACUGCAGUCAUUCAAGGCUCAUCACUGUUUGGUGGCCUAUGUGAAGGCUCUUUUGUGGUCUUUAAUGAAGCUGACAGUUGAUAAAAACCCAGGUAUAACUGGCACCCUUGUUGGCAGUCCCUGGAGAAGCCAAGGAUGGACUCUGGAGGCUGACAUUCCCUCUUGUCUUUGGAGCAAAUCAUCACAUGCGAGAGCAGCACAGUGUGAGUUGGUACAACAAAGACAGACCAAGAACCAAGUCUGUUGAGAGGACUCCAAAACUGGUCAAUCCAGCAAAUUUCACCAGCACUAAAUUCACUAAAACACACCAAGCCCCCUACCUGAGUGAUUGCAGCUACAACGUAAAAAAAAAAAAAAAAUGUACAAUUAACAUCAUGUGCAUGAAGACAGAGUUGCAGGGAUGGGAGCUGAGCAAUGGUAUAAGUUUGCAAUUAUUUUAUUGAUUUCAAUAAUUUAAGGAACUAAUUGUAUGUUUGAAAUAAAAACCUUUCUAAAUUCAA